AUGACAAUUCCUCAGUUUGUGUACCGCCUCAAGCGCUGUCAACCCCGUGAUGUGGACGUCUUGACGACAUUCAUUAACAAUUUAUCGGAUACAGGUCUCUUUGAUCCUAGCGAUGAGAGCUCCGAGUUGUUGUCCUCCCUCAUCAUCUACUCGGAAUUGUGGGAAAGACCGACACCUUCGCUGGCAGAAUUGAAAAAGCGCUUUACAGACACUGUCGGGGGUUGGGGCAUGUACGCCGAUGUUAAAUUGUAUUGUGCUUUUUCAAAAGAACAAUCAAAGGUGUGCGGCCAGUGUUUUAGUGAUGAGUAG